AUGAAGGGCUAUAUUGUAUCAGCACUUGUAGUUUUAGCCUUGGUUCAGCUGAUGAUUGAGCCAGGGCAGGCAAUCAAGUGCCCAGAAGUGGAUGGAUAUUUGACCAAGUGCGUUCCCUAUCUUAAUGCAGGAGGCGAGCCAGAAGCAGCAUGUUGCAAUGGUGUCAAAAGCUUGGUCGCAGCUCUGAAAACACCCGCAGACAAAAGGGACGCAUGCAAUUGUGUUAAAGAUGCCGCAAAUCAACUCUCAAGGAUGAUGCAGCCUGAGCCCUUGCAGCUGGCAAAUGCGGUGUUACCUUGGAUAUCCCCAUCUCCAAAAACGUCAAUUGCGACAAGUGAGACAAAUUAA